UUUUCUAUGAAAAAUACAGCUUAAAAAAUAAUUUCUAUGCUCUUGAUUUUUUACCUAAUCCUUAAUGUUAAUUGCUCAACACAUGUUACAUUAGACAGUCAAUGUACUUGUGAAGAAAUUUUAUAUGAAGAGGAAUGUAAAUAUGGUAAAAUUUGCCAAUUUUCAAAUAAUAAGUGUUCUACUAAGACUUGCGAUCAACUCAGUUAAGAUAAAUGUUUAAUAAACAAAAAAUGUGCAAAAGUAAAUGGAAAAUGUAUAGAAUUUAAAUCAUGUUCAUCUCAUAAUGUCAAAACUGAAGCUGAAUGUGAAGAUUUACAUUCAAAUUGUUUUUUUGAUUCUGCUAGUGGCAAAUGCGAAGAUGUAAAUAGUUUGCCAAUAGGUUCAUGUUCUGAAUAAUUGUUAUCAUUUUGUAUUUAUGGUAAAGAGGGAUUUUGCGCAGUAAAGGAUGGAAAAUGUUAGGAAAUGACUUCAUGUGAUUAAGUAAAAUCAGAAGAUCUCUAAUGUCUUUUUUCUUUUCCUGCAUGUUAUCCAAAUUCAACAAGUGAUAAAUGCGAAGCUAUUAAUCAGUGCAGUAAGAAUGAUGUAGAAUCCUGUUUGUUUGCAAAAGAGAAGAUCAAUGGAAAUGAUUAUUUACUUUGUACUGAGAAAGAUCAAGGAUGUGUUGACUUUGAUCCAACCAAUUAAACAUAAGAAAGAUGUGGUCUUAAUUCAAUGUUUUUUUAUCAUUGGGAUGGGAAUAAAUGUGCCAAAUGUUAGUCUUCUUCUUAUUCAUUCAUAAUUACAAUAUUAUCUAUUGUCAUCUUAGCCCUAAGCUGAAUAAUAUAUUAAUUUAAAAAAAUCGAUUAAUCAUGCACCU